AUGGUUCUUGGUGCAAGAGCUUUCAGUCUGAAGUUGGGUGGUCCUGGACUCCUGGGAGGCACCUACCCCAGAAGCGGGUACCUACCUUUGGGUCACUUCCGCGCUAUGAGCAUCGGACCUUAA